ACAGUCCUCCUUCUCCUCCACAGAAGUCCAGCAUGACGGGAGUGCCACUUCUCAGCCUGCAGGGGGCGCUGGAUUUCAACCCCGGAGCAGACCCUCUCCAGAACGAAGCCCUGGUCCAGAUGUGGAUGGAGGUCAAGAUAAAACCGCUGCUAAGAUCUGUCACCAAACACUUCCUGUCCUGCCUGAGCACCAAGAACUUCAGCUGCUCCACCUACCAGACUGUGGUGAGGGAGCUCAGCCACCAUUUCUCUGAGAUGAAUCCAGUCAGACAGAAGUGGAUCUACACAUUCUUCAUGUACCCCUUCCUGUCUGGAGAGAGAGUAGCUGGCUGUGUGAAUCCAAAUGAAAGCAGCGAAGACUGGCUGAUAAAGAAUUUUGGUGCCUUCAGAGCCAUGGCCCGAAUGAAUGACUUUUCAACACUCAACAUGGUCUUCAGUGGAUUGGAAGUCCUGAAUCUGCUGUCCCCAGCGCAGAAGGCCGAACUGCUGUUGAGGCCCGAGGUCGCAGGUUUAGACAACGGCACCUUAACCCUGGUCUUCCACAGUUUGUUGACAGGAGACACUCGCCCUCCGCCCACCGUGAGCCCUGGAUACUCAACUAACUAUCCUUCCAGACCUACUUAUGGCUUGUACUCAACACCGUCCCCACACGAUGGCCUCAGAGAGGUUGUGAACGGGUUCAUGAUGGCUUUCAGACCCGUUGGUAGCUUCGUCCAUGACUUUGUGUCUUUCACACAAGAGAGGAACGUGUCAGAAAUAAGAAGCGCCACUCUGACCCAGUUUCUGCUCAACUGGACUCUGGCUGAGCUGGCAGACGUGUACCAGCCACAAAACACAUCUGUAAUUCCAGAGGAGCCAAAGUUUGAUGUGACGAAUGUGGAGGACUGGUACCAGCAGGUUGUGAUGCCGGUGUUACGGAGGUUCUUUCCAAAUGUCGAGGACCUGCUGCAUGAAAACAUCACACUCGCCUUCCACGAAGUAUUCUAUUUGGAUCACGGUAUGGCCAAUCAAACCACCUCAGAAAUCCAGGACGUCUGUAGCAUCACCCUUGAUAAAUCACCUUGCGGGUUGACGGAUGCAGUGGAAAAUGUGGCCCAUGUGUUGCACUGUGCUGCUCGUUCCAACCUGACAAUGUCCGAGGAAACGAUCAUGAGACUACUCGAAGAGCUGACAGUACUGCUGAACUCGCUGAUGAAAGAGCUGUCCACAGCGAACUUCAAGGAGGUGGCGUCCAACUUUCAGGAGAUCUUUGGCGAGCCGGACUCUCCGUCUCUGACCCAGAGCCACCUGGAAGACCCAAACUUCAUCAAGCUCUGGUUCAAGCUGAAGCUGAUGCCCCUCCUGCCUGACAUUCCCAAUGAGCUCCUCUCCUGCCUCAGUACCAAGAACUUCUCCUGCCCCGUCUUCCAAACUAUCGUUGAAGCACUCAGCAAACACAUGGAUGUCCUGUAUUCUGACCCGAAGUACAGUCAUAACAUCUACAAGCACUUCAUCUUUCCCUUCCUGCUGCAUCACAACACCUCAGACCCGCAGUGUGUCUCAACCAAUAAUAGCGCAGAAUGGCUGCAGAAGAACUUUGGUUUCUUCUCAAGGUUCGCCUCCGUCACAGACUUCUACAGGCUCAAUCCAAACUUCUCUGGACUGGACGUUCUUCCCCUCCUGUCUCCGAAACAGAUAGCAGAGAUGCUGCUGUUGCCUCUUCCGACUCCUCCAGAGAAAGACGUUGUUAUCGACCGAGUGUUUGACUUCCUGAUUGAGUCCCAUGAAGACUUGUUUGCGAAGGUCCUGUACUACCUGGUGCUGCUCGCAGAAGAGGUCAACCCACCCUGCAAUGUCUACAAACAAAUUUUUGAACGACUCUACGGGGCCAUACCAUCUGUGCCUGCGGACGUGGAACCAAUCAUCUGGGCCGGCGUAGAACACCUGAUCUAUGUUGCACCAGAGGAGUGUUUGCCAGAAAACAUCACGUGCCCAGUGACCCAGUUCAAUGGUACUAACAUCUGCAGAGAAAUCGACAGCUCUGACCUACACGCGCACUUGAAUGCAUCAAUGGACUUUCCCUGCAACUUUACCUUGGAGAAAUAUGCUUGUGCACAGCUGGAGAACUUCACCGCCCAUCAGCUGGCGUCUCUCUUGAAGUGUAAUCUGCCUGGAAGCAGCAGCCACUCCAACGUGUUGUGGAAGAUGCUGCUCACUAAGCUCUCGUCUGUCUUGGAUCCAGCUCUGGACAUCCUGGCUAACAUGUCCAUGACCAUGAUCGGUCCAUCAGCGUCAGAGGUUUUGGAUGUGAUCGGAGAGAUCAGACUGUCGAUGCUGACUGAUGAGCAGCUGAACAACAAGAGUGUCAUCAGAAAGUGGUUCGCCGGCCGUCUGAGAGAGUUCCUGCCGUUUGCAUCGGGAAGGUUUCUGCGCUGUCUGAGCAACAGGAACAUCAGCUGUCAUUCAUACCAGCAAAUACUGCGGGUAUUCAGCCACCAGUUUGAUAACAUGACCAUAUAUCAGCAGCAUGUGGUCUUGAAGAACUUCGUCCUGCGUUUCCUCUCUCAUUCAUACUCAGGUCCAGGCUGUGUGUCGGGAUUCAACAGCAGUGCAGAGUGGCUGAGGAACAAUUUGGGUCCAUUUUCAGUUCUUCUGUCCGUCAAAGAGAUUCUGCAUCUCAACCCACAAUUCAACCCUGUGGAGGCCCUUCGACUGCUGUCUCCAAAGCAGAUGGCAGAGCUGCUGGUGUUGAAUCUUCCUACUCUUCCAGAGCAAGAAGUCAUCAUCAAUGAGCUGUUUGACUUCCUGACUCAGGAGUCCGAGGAGAAGAAACUUCCUGAUUUUCUGUUUAACCUCGUCAUUUUCCUUCCAGAGGGAAACAUCUCCUGUCUAGCAUACCGAACACUGUUUGCCAGACUGGACUUGGCCAUGGUUACGGUUUCUCAAUAUAUAGUACCAUCCAUCAUCUACAGCAAGGCGGCCUUAUCCGAGCACAGACCACCUGGUUGCAUCAUAUACAGUGCAGAGUGCAAUGUCAUCUUGACAAAUGAAACCGACAUUUGCCUCGGAGUGAACAGCACAAUGUUGCAGCACUACCUUGACAGCGGGAAGAUGAAGGAACGUCUCUGUGACUUUGGUGUUGAGGAAUUCGCCUGUGCCGAGCUGUCAGCGUUAAAAGCCGAGGAUCUGGCAACGAUUUUAAAGUGUAAUCGCUCCUCCAGCACCAGCGGCUCCAGACCUGCCUGGAAGCUGCUCCUCUCCAAAGCCUCUCAUGUGAUGGAUGAAGCUCUGGAUCUUCUAACCAACAUGACGCUGGACCCCAGAAAUCCUGCAGUGUCAAUGAUUUUGGACGUAAUACGAGAAAUCCGAUUGGACGUCAACAUGGCCAACUUCAAUGAUCCCGCUUUCAUCCAGCUGUGGUUCAACGGCAGGCUUCACCAGUUCCUGCCUGCUGUUUCCUCCAACUUCCUGUCAUGUCUCGCCACGAGGGAUUUGAACUGCAGAAGCUACCAACACAUUGUGCAGAUUUUGAGCCGCGUUCAGCCACGCAUGACACUCUCCAUGCAGAUGUCUGUCGUCACACACUUCAUGAGGGUUUUCCUGACCAGAAACGACACCGCUGAUCCGAGCUGCAGUUUACACAUUAACAACAGUGGACAAUGGCUGCAGAGGAACUUGGGAUCUUUCUCUGCCCUCUUGUCCUUCCACCAGCUGCAGAUGCUCUACUCCAACUUUUCAGCGUUUGAAGCCUUGCCACAGCUGACAGUCAGACAGCUAGCGGAGGUGGCCUCCACACCAGGUGAGCUCACCUCUGCUGCACAGGUUACCAUGGUGAUGAAUCACGUCCCCAACCGAUUCCUCUCCGCCUUCUUUGAUGAGUUCUCACCUGCUAUCAUGGGUCAUGAGAGUAUGUUCCCCUCUGCGGUGAGGUCAGCCGUGUUACAGGUUGUGUUUGAUCGUGCAAACCUCUCAGAUCACUCAGUGGGUGAUUCGGUUGUCUUGAUUUGGCUCCACAACCGGCUGCGCCCCCUGCUGGUCAACCUGUCACCAGACCAUGUCGCACCGUUCUUCAGAAUACUAGCGGGAAGAAACUGCAGCAUCGAGCAGCAGGGCGUGGAGGACCUGAAUGAGACUAUCUCAACUCUCAGUGAAACUACACAGACAGAAAUCCACAAUCACAUCAUUCAGAGUCUCAGAGGGCCAACACCUCUCCGUUGCUAUGGUAACAACUUCAGCCACAGUUUCUACGGUUUCCUGGAGAGCUCGUUCAUGGGGUUCCAGUUCCCCAACCUGACCACCUUCCUGUCCCUCAUGCCUCCCAACAGAACGCAUCAGUUGGUGAACUCCAUACCUCUAUCCGGUCUUGGGGAUUUCCUCCGUCGCCCUGACGUUGUUGACAACGAUGAACAGCUCUGCGUGAUCUACAACAACUACGUCCAGACACCAGUGUUCCUGGAGACCGAGGUACUCCCGGCAGCGGUGCAGCGGCCCACACUGCCUUGCGUCUGGCCCAUGGCUCUCAGCAGCUCCAAGCAGUCCGAGAUCAAUGCCUGGUUUGACAAACGCCUCCGCAACUACUUGGUCUUCCUCACAAAGAGUCUGCUCAGUCCCAAAAUCACAAACAGCACCUCCUGCCUGGCCUUCCAAAAGCUCAUCUCAGUUCUUGAUAAACACAACUACACCGCUGCAGACUUUGUGAGGGGAGAUGUGUUCACCAUCACCAUCAACUCCUACCUCAGCUCAGCGACCGCGUUGCCAAGGUGUUACAGUGCAGACAACCCAGAACUAAACUCAACAGCCUGGUUUGCUGAGUACAUCGGCCCUUUCAUUAAUUUCCUCACUCUGGAGGAUCUUGAGGGAUUUGGAUCUGCAGAGGAUAUCCAGGUGUUCACCGUGAACCCUGCGAACAUCGCCCUCCUCAACCACACCAUCUUACCUCGCAACCUCACCGACUACUACACAGAGCUUGUAUAUCAACAGGACAGCAAUUUCAACCCCUUACUUCUUCCUCUGUUGUGUCGGUGUGUCGCUUCUGGUCCGGCAUUCAGCCAGCUGAGUGCAGCAGAAAGUAUAAUUGUUCUGCAAAACCUGACCGUUCUCUGCACAGACCUGGACCCACAGAUUUCUGCUGCUUUGGCGGGUAACCUUGGCGAGGACAUCGAUUCCUCUGCCAUUUCUGCCCUCGGCAACGAAAGCACUGGCAUUUCCACCGGCCAGAUCAAGAUGAUAAAGCCUCAGGACUUACUUGAUUCCCUCGACGUCCUUAGCAGUGUGAUGGGCUGGAAUGAAGGUCAGGCCAAGGCCAUUAUCCAGGCUCUGAUAUCUUCGGGGAUGUUGGAGAUCAACAGCGCGUCAUCAUUGUUCACUCUGGGCUCUCUUGUUGUGGGUGUACCAUCGAAUACGUUUAGCAGCAUCAACGGCUCCCAGAUGGUUCUUGCAUCCAAAAAUCCAUCAUUCCUGAGCAACCUGGUCUCCGCUCCGCAGGUCGUCCAGCAGAUUUUUGUUACUCAGAUCAUAUCAGUGAACAGCAACAGUGAGGUGAUUAUAAACAACGUUCCAGAUGAUUUUGCCACCGAGAUCCCCCGUGCUCUGCUGCUGGGCUUCUCAAAUAGUGGCGACACUAUUACAAUACUCAACAGGAAGAAAUGGAAACGGCAGCAGGUUGAGUUGUUCUUUAAUGUGAUCGGUGCGGAAAGUGCGGAAAGUACGCCCACUGCGCUGAUAGAUCCAGAUGAUUUGUCAUCCUCUGUGCUGCAAGGGUUCACCUGUACGGGAGUGAGGACUAUUCGAAGGGUGCAGAUCAAGAGGCUGAUCCGAGCUUGUCGGAGGACAGGCACGAGGAGAGUCAGACUGGUGGAGACUCAGUUGACCUGCAUGUACAACUACAUUCGAGAAGAAUCAGAUGCCACCAGUUUUAACCUCUACCCUCAUGAUAUCCUGCUGUAUUACGAUUACUCCCUGGUGCCGCAGGCCAGCUGCAGGUCCUAUUUUGAACAGCUUGGAGAUGCAGACUUCUCCGUCUUCUCCCUUGCCCUCAGCUACAGAGUGACUACUCUGUUUGCCAACGCCAGGAGCUGUCUGGGUAUCACCAACACAAGUUUGACUGAGGAUAAUAUAUCGGUUUUGGGAAACAUGUGCUGUACUCUGGACGAUUCCUACAUCGAGAACUCAGACCCGUCCAUCUUGGAUAAACUCAACAACUGCCCGGAUCUCACUGAUGCUCAAGCUGCUGCUGUUCAAACUGUGCUGCUGAGCGGGAAAACACGAUACGGAGCUCCAUCAACAUGGAAUGAACAGACUUUGAGGGACCUCGGGAUGUUACCGCUGUAUUUGACUUCAACCUUCUAUGAUAACUUUAACAAAAGAACGAAGCGGAGAUUCUUGAGGUACUUCCUGGGGGUUCUCAGGAGAAACAACGUGAGCAGACAGAAAAGGAGGAGACUGAAACGUCAAAUAAGAGCAUCCAUUAAACAGAAGUCAAAGCGAUCCAUAGUAAAUGAGUGCACUGUAGGAACCAUCACCCAGGUGACCAUCAGUGAUGAGACGUUCCCCUUCGACUAUGACGAUAUCACCCAGUUCAACUGCUGCCUCAGCGCCGCGACUGUCAAAGACAACUUGGCUGCCAUCACUGACAAGGUGGACCAGGAAGAAUACCUCAAGAUUGUUCUCAGCAAGCUGCAAGAGGCUUACGCAACCACCUCUAUCGUCCCGGAGGAUCAGGUUCAACUCUUAGGAUCAGCGUCCCGUGAGGCCUCCACUAAUGACAUCAGUACGUGGACCAUCACUACGAUCGACACACUCUCUGCGUUGAUGGACUCGUCCGACGGGGAGUGGGACCCGAGCCUGGCGAAGGCCAUCAUCUCUAAGUAUCUGAGUGUAGCCGGGAACAAACUCGGCAGCGCAGAGCUCAACGUCAUCGGAGGAGUCAACCUGUGUUCCCUGGACGCCGACGUUCUCAAGAGUAUUUCCCAACAAAGCCUCAAAGACGCCGACGCCCUGACGGUGUCCAACUGCACCCUGGAGAAAAAGAAAGAACUGUUCACUAUCGCCGUACAAGCAUUUGCCGACAACACCCGCACAACUGUCUCUGCUUCCUCCUUCCAGCUCACGGCACCUUACAUGGGGGGCGCUGGAAUCGCAUAUCUUCGAACUUUGUCGUCCUCCGAUGUCAACAUGGACAUGGCGACCUUCACCAGUCUGGAUGAGAGCGUUGUACAGAGCCUCAGUGUUGAUGAAGUUAAAGGUCUUCUCGGCACCAAUCUGCCAGAGUUGAAGUCCUAUGAAAACCAGACACUGGUACAAAACUGGAUCAGCAGCAGGUUACAGUCAGAGCUUGACACGCUGGGGCUGGGGCUUACAGGAGGCAGGGCUGACUCCACCACCCAGGCGCCUGCCACUACUGCCCGUCCUUCAUCAUUAACUACUGCAGGGUCUGGAUCUGGCACCUCCGCAGCGGGAUCUGCUACCACCACAAGUCACAGUGGCGCCCGCAUCCAAGCAGAACAGGCAGGCUUAUCCUUCCUCAUUCUCCUCGCACUCCUCGUCACCUCUCAGCACAUUAUAGUAUGAAGGAACGGGACUCUGCUGCACAUGGCUGACAAUUGAAUUUGUUACAUGCUACAUUGUAUUGCUUACUACUGAAGGUAGAACAUAUUUAAUGUGCAAUAACAACAAUGGAUGUAAAUAAUGUAUUCUUGAUUAGUUAGUCCUUAAGCCAGAAAUGUGUAUACACAGAAACCUAUUCAUUUUAAAAUGCAUUUAUUUGCUUUGCUUUCUCUUUUUGUCUCGAUGGUUUGAUUAAUUGAUUUUUAAAAAAUGAAGGUUUAAUUAAAAAAUGAAGGUGAAAGUUCACAUCUAUGUUUAUGUUGCUGUAAUCCUGUGUAUCCAUUUUGAGCACUUACUGUAUUAAGACAACCAUAAUCAUCAGAACUCAGUCUAUCAAUAUUAAAGGGUGUGAAGAGGAGUGUCACUUGAAGGGGUUACUUCAUUUCAUCUAUGCAGUAACACAAAUUUUGUCUUGAAAAUAUUGCUUAAUAUUUGAAUAAUUCUGAUAUGUAAGCUACAGUAUAAAACCUUAUGUCUCUCUAGUCUAACUUUGAGAAUAAGAUGCAGUACAGAAGUG